AUGGAAAAACUCAACACUGAAAAUGCAGGAAAGCUUGCAAACCAAGAAAAGGUGGAAACCGAAGAACUGCCACCGACUAAGGAAAAGCCAGAAGCCCCUGGCUCUCCUGAAAACAAGGGAAAGUUAGGAACAGAAGACAAGGGAAAGUUAGGAACAGAAGGAAAUGAUAAGGAUAAGGGAAAGGCUGAGGGCAAGGGGAAGUCCAAAGAAGAAAAGCCAGCAGGUGAAACCAGGGCUGCAGCUAAGCACCCAGCUCAGGAUGAUGUCCCCAGAAAAGCAAAAAGAGAAACCAAUAAAGGGCUGGCUGAGUACCUCAGGGAGUGUAAGGAAGUCAUUCAUGAUGUGCAUUUGAGCAAUGAGGAGAUGAUAAGAGAGUCCAAUGAGAUGGCAAGGGUGGAGGAUGAGGUGAAAAAAUCCAAACAGAAAUUGGGUGACUUUAUGUGCAUGCAAAGAAGCUUGCAGAAUCCCUUCCACCCUAGAGGUCCAAGGGAACUUAGGGGCGGCUGUAGGGCCCAACAGAGAGGCUUUGAAGACAUUCCUUAUGGGUGGUGCCUUUGA